GCGUAACUGUGGGCGCACAUGUGCACCUGCCUCUUGGAGAGAAGGAUAUCACACUUUAUUAUAUUAGAUUAUAUUACUUUAAAUUAUUACAGAAAGAAAGACCAAAGUCUGAAGGAGAAUUGAACUUUUGCUGUUGGGAAACAGAGGCACCAACUAAUACUGAUCAUCCACUGGAGCAGAACAACUUUUACUGUCAUGGCUCCUAGCUUGGCCCAGGCGUACAGGAGGAGGUGGUGGAUGGCCAUUACAGCCAUCAUAGAGAACCUGCUCUUCUCAGCUGUUCUGUUGGGUUGGGGCUCACUACUCAUCAUGCUGAAGAAUGAAGGCUUCUAUUCCCACCUUUGCAUUGAUAAUGAGACGGUCAACACUAACGUGACGUCCUUGGAGAGCGGCGUUUGGCAGAGUUGUGUGGAGCAGGAAGAGAUAUUGAAUCUUGGCUUCACCAUUGGCUCGUUCCUCUUAAGUGCAGCCACUUUACCCCUGGGGAUCUUAAUGGAUAGAUAUGGGCCCAGACCAUUAAGGCUCGUUGGCAGUUCAUGUUUUGCAGCCUCCUGUGCAAUUAUAGCUGCUGCUGCGUACAACCCUGAAGUGUUGUCAGUCCUCAUUUUCCUCGCUGUCUCCUUUAAUGGCUUCGGAGGAAUCUGUCUGACCUUCACCUCACUCACACUGCCAAACAUGUUUGGGAAUCUACGAUCAACCAUCCUCUCCCUUAUGAUUGGAUCCUAUGCUUCUUCAGCCGUUACCUUCCCUGGUGUCAAGUUGAUCUAUGACCUUGGCGUGUCGUUCCGUGUCAUCAUGUGGGUUUGGUCUGGUAUGGCCUGCAUGGUUUUCCUCAACUGCCUCCUGAACUGGCCUGCUGAAUCCUUCCCUGCACCCGAAGACAUCAGAUAUACUAAAAGGGUGAAGAUGAGUGGGGUUGUGACAGAGGACAAGAUAACUGGAGAUAGGUACGUCACUCAUGUCAACCUCAUGGAAGACAUGAUGGAGGGCAAGAAGCCAGAACCCGAUCAGACAGACUCACAAAGCAGAGCCCAGGGCUCCGUGCCGCUCUGUCAUUCUGUGUGCUCCCCUAUCUUGUUGUGGAGUCUCAUCACCAUGGCAAUGACCCAGCUGCGGCUGAUCUUCUUCAUGGGAGCCAUAAACAAGAUGGUGGAGUUUCUGGUCGCCCACGGCAACCCCGACCCCUCAGAAGAGCUGCAAAGGGAGGUGGAGGAACAAGUUGGUUUCUACUCUUCUAUCUUCGGUUCAAUGCAGCUGCUGUGUCUACUGACUUGUCCCUUGAUUGGUUACAUCAUGGACUGGAGAAUGAAAGAGUGUGAAGAGGAAAAUGCAAACACACAAACACAGAAGAGCCAAUCAGAUCCUCCAAAGAGAGACCGAAAGAUCCAGAAACUGACGAAUGCCAUGAGAGCUUUCAUCUUCACCAACCUUCUUUUGGUCGCCUUUGGAAUAAUUUCCUUGAUUGACAACCUGCCCCUACAGGUGGUGUCAUUUGUUCUGCACACUAUAGUGAGAGGAUUUAUCCAUUCCUGCUGUGGGGGCCUCUAUGCUGCUGUGUAUCCAGCCAACCACUUUGGGACACUGACCGGCCUGCAGUCAAUGAUCAGUGCUGCUUUUGCCUUGCUCCAACAGCCUUUGUUCAUAUUGAUGUUGGGACCCCUCCAUGGAGAUCCUUACUGGAUCAAUCUGGGCCUCCUCAUCUUCUCCCUGGCUGGCUUCCUGUUGCCGGGCUAUCUCUUCUACCACCGUAGAAACCUGAUAAAGGCAAAGAGCCAAACCAAUUUGCAUGCGGCUAAUGGAUACACACCAAAUGGACUUGCUGAUUAAGAUUAUUGACAGGAGUAAAUAGUGGUUGAUUUUUUUGUAAUCACUUUUCAGUAGAUUAUAAAUAUAAAAUAGAAGAUAUACUUGUAACCCACAUGUCAGACUUCUCAUUUAGAAAAAGAACUUUGAGGUGAUUCCAUCACCUAAAAAUGAUUGGCGGCGUCUCAGUGGUCAGCACUGUGGCUUCACAGGGGAGCCUUGUGUUUCAAAUUCAGCUCUGUUCUUUCUUCUGUGAUGUUUACAUGUUGUGCCCUGUUUAUGGGAGUUCACUUUCUCCACUUACAGCCUAAAUAACCUUUAAGUGAGAAUAAGUGUAUGUGUUAUGAACUGGUAAACUGCACACUGGGAAGAUUCUGCAUGCAAGUGCAUCAUUGAAUGUGCUUGUGUGUUAAUCAGUUAUAUUAAACACCAUAAAUGCAAGCCAAUAAAGCAAGUUUUAUCAUUUAAGUUUAAUUAGUGCCAAUUAGAGGAACGUCAUUUAUUACCCCAUAAGAUUAAGAGUAAUUGUUACCUAUGGCAACAGAGGAUGCUAUUCAACAGAACUUUCAUAUUCUUGCUUUGAGUUGUUAUAUUAAGAUAGCAGACUCAAAAAGUAUUAGAAAUUGUAGCCACAGUCACAGAUAUACCAAAUAUAUAUGACAAUGUACAGUGUAGGUGAUGAUUUCACUUGGUAGUUUCUGCUCUUGAAGAGGCUCCUUGUUGAAGGAAACAUGCUAUGAUGAAAGCAAGAAGCCCCAGAGGAAACAACCCUCAGGGAGUGUUACAAAUAGUCCCCCGGUGGGCAUUAAAUAAAGAGUUUGACAGUUGAAAUUCAGGGGGAAAUUCUAUUUAUUACCUUACUAAAAGUUAGAAAAAAUAAUGUCUUUGUGUACAUGUACUUGUUUAGUUAGAUAAGCUAGAUCUUAGCUUAGCUUAGUUUAGGAUACAAACUGAAAGCAGCCAGGAUAUGUCCACCUACUGACAUCGUGCUCAUUGUUGAGAUAAACUUGAAUGUUUGUUUGGUAACUGAAACAGAUGAAAGUUUUCCUUGAGGCUGCAGUUCAUCCUGACAGUGAAUUCAGGUCAUGUAUAGGAGUUGCACUAGCUCUUGGUUUACAUAGUUGUUUUUCUCUAUUUAUCUCUAUAAUCGCAACAGCUAAUGGAAAAUAUUGUAACAGAGAUAUAUUAAUUUAAUUCCUUUGUUUGUGGCUUUAAACUCUAAACUGGUGCCAGAUGUUUCUUAUACAAGACCCUUGAAUGUAACUUGACCCCGACUGAUGUUUAUUUAAUUCCCUGGAGAAUAUCAGCUCAUAAAAGUGAGAACUGGCAGGAAGUGUUUUCAUAAACAGAACAUUUGCUGCCCUUGCUAAAGCAAUCAUGAGCUCCCCUUAAAGGUACAAUGUGUAGAAUUUAGUGAUAUCAAAUGUUGAAAUGACAUGCUGCAGCUGAACACCCCUCACCUCACCCUCCCCUUCCAAACAUGAAAAAGAACCUGUGGUAGCUUCAGUUGUCAUAAAAACUCAAAAGGUGUUUAGCUUAGACUUCUUUCAAAGACAUGGCUGCCUCCAUAGAGAGGACCCCCUCGAUGUAAAUAUAAAAGUAUUUAAAUAUAAAGGGUAUUUUCUGGGGUAAAGAAAACUACAAUUCAUACAAUUUAAAUAUAAAGAACUAGUGAAAGCAUUAUGAGGGUUAUUCUACAUUAAAUUUCUGCCAAUAGUUCUCUUUCACCUGAAUCUUACACACUUUAAAGCAGUAUAAUUAAGCAAACAAUUGACAAAGAAACAUUUUGGAAACUUUCUCACUGAAUUGGAAUUGUAAACUAGUUUCCCAAUAAAUUACUCUAAAUUCAUAGCAGCCUUUACAUUGACAUUCACAUAGCAAUAAACUCUCUCUUACAUGUGAGAUAUUUUAAGAUUCUGUAAAUGCGGUGUUUGGAAGUUUAAGGGUUUUAGGUUUUUUUUUAUUUUUUUUUAUUAUUAUUUUCUGACUGAAGAUGACAUCACAAUCUAUAGAUCUUUUAGCCAAUCACAGCUCUGUAAGGGUAUUGUGCCUUCAAUGUCAGUAUGUAAUAGUGUGAGACGCAAUCACUUCCAAUUGUUAAUCCAUCCAGACUGCUCAAUCUGUUAAAACUUUGAACCAGGAAAUAAGUAAGGCUCUCCAGUGUACAUGCAGUAUGUGUGAGGGGGGUGCAACUGACCUCUCUAUCAGAAGUAUAUUUGUUUUUUUUAUGCUUCAGCUGUGCAGUGAAGUGAUACAUUAAUAUGAGCAGAGGCAAAGUACACUCACAUGAUGGGGACAAAAGCAGGAGGGGACAUUAAACGAAUGCAGUGUCUGUCAUUGUCCUUGCACUGAUAACAGCCCUGUUAUUAUCCCUGCUGGUUGCAUAAUUUUAUUGUGCAGUUAUAAAAGAGUAUAUAAAUGAGAGGUCAGUCUCACCCCCUCUCUCAAGCUGGCAGGGCAUUGAAAAGCCACAAAAUGUUGCGGAUCAGAGUUCUAUCAGUUUGAAAGCUUGCAAAGUAAAGACAGCCAGUCACUUCACAACCAGAAGCAAGUGUUUGUCACGCUGCCAUGAAUGCAAUUGUCAUCUGAUUGCAACAUAAGUAUUAUUUUUUCAUACCUGAAGUGGGUGAAGAGCUGCUCUGUCCUUCCUCUGAUUGACUUUCCCUGACCCUCACCAAUCAUCACACUUAACGCCAAAACCAACCCAACCAAAGACGGCAACAAGUACAAGCAUAGGAACUAGGGUAGGGUGUACCCUGCCUCUGAUUGGUCUUCGCCCACCUCAGGUAGCAAAAAAAACAAGAUGUGUCGCCAGGAGGACCAAAAUGAGGAGGAGGAGUUAAUGCAGCAGGAAGUGAACUGACUAUUGAAUGACAAAGAAUCUGAAUGUACAAAGAUUUUGGGGAACACGCUAGUCCCAUGAAUAGCACAAUAACUAAAUAAUACAUUACACUUUGAUUAUGAUAUCAUUGAAGUGUUGAGAUGACUGGAACAACCAUUCCCCCUCCUCUCCUCCUCCUCCACCAAAGCUUUUCUGCUCAGGAACAAACUUGUUUAGAGAAACAAAAAAAAAGGGAUGGAAAAGGUGAUUUUAAACGAAAUAGGGUACAAAGUUUAAACUAUUAGUAUUAAAGUACAUACAACAGUAAAGCUGAUUUAUUUUACUGCAGCAAUUAAAGAAGCAAGGAAUGUCAGAUAUGAUGAAGAAAGAUAUUAAAGUGUGUGUUGUUGUGGGUGCCUGCAUGCUGACAGCACAACAGGGCUUUAGGUGAAAUCUUUCAAGAGAGAGUGGAUCCAGUGUUGAUAAAAAAAAUGUGAAGAUAAUUGGAUAAUAAGAUUUAUCCAGUGGUUAUCUCAUGACAUGUAAAAUAGUUGUAAUGUGUGCCUGUGUGUGACAUAUGUAAGCAUUGCAAGGCUUGCCUUGGUUUGAGCUUUAUAAAGUGAAAUCUCAUGUAUAAGAGUUUUGAUUUAAAAGCAGUAUUCGCACAAAUAAAGAAAACAAU